CUCGAAUCUUACUUCUAUCUUACCUCUAACCGUCAAAAUGGCUCAAGUCCUCGUUGUCUACCCUUCGGGUCCUUCGUUUGACAUGGACUACUACCUAAAGACACACAUGCCUCUUGUCGCAUCCAAGUGGGGUCCUUUGGGUCUCAAGAGCUACAAGAUCCUGAACUUCCAGGAGGGUGCUCCCUAUCAAGUUCAGGCCACUCUCGAGUGGGAGGGCGUCGAGGUCUUUGACAAGGCUGCCGCAAACGAGGUUGCCAAGGAGAUCUUUGGGGAUAUCAAGAACUUUUACAACGGAGAGCCAAUGCUUCUCAAGGGCCCUGUUGUUGCUCACGAAAGCGUUUCGUCUUCGUAAGGAUAUACACUAGUUAUGUGGUGGAAUUAAUACGUCGAAUCUGACCUGCGAUAGUCACGCAAAACUUUGAGACUUGUCUGGUGACUUUGGUUAUCUGCAUGAAUGCGGCGGGCAUCUCUGUGUUGGUCUGCGUGGAUACAAGAGCUACCUGUCUGUUUUUGUAACGUAAAUCUGUAGUAAAAGUAAUCGUAGAUCUACUUGACUGUUCAC